AUGAAUGAACAGCUGCUGGCAGUGUUUGUUUCAACGUUCACGUUUAUCUUCGUUGGGUGUGGAACGCUGUUUAUAGAAAAGAGAGGCGAAAUAACGUUUGUGGGCGUUGCUCUUGCUUGGGGUGCGUUCGUCGCAGCAAACAUAUACACGUUUGGGCACAUUUCAGGCGCUCAGAUCAAUCCGGCCGUCACCUUCGCUUAUGCUCUUGUUGGCCAAUUCCCAUGGAAGCGAGUUCCAAUGUAUGUUGUGGCUGAGUUCUUAGGAUGCACAGUUGCGAGCUUAACAUUAAGAUGGAUUUUUGAUGGAGAAGACAUACAGGUGAUGCUAACCCAGCCGGUUGGGCCGAAGCCGGCAAGUGAUCUCAAGGUGGCAGUAUUGGAGACCAUCAUCACAUUCAUCUAUAUCAUUGCUAAUUGUAGUUCCAGAUCAGAUUCCAGAGCGUUUAAGGAACUAGGCGGGGUGGCCGUUGGAGCUACUGUCUUCUUCCUCAUCCUGCUUGCCGGAAAAAUCACUGGAGCUUCAAUGAAUCCAGCGAGGUCUCUUGGCCCAGCAAUCGCAGCCUGGAAUUUCAACAAAAUUUGGAUCUAUAUUGUAUCACCAACCAUUGGUUCUGUUUUAGCAACAACGCUCUAUUUCUUCCACUUAGCGCCGGCGAAAUCUAAAGGCGAUGGCAAGCAAGCGGACACAUCAUUUUUUGACGUUGGAGCUAUGGAUCAGCUCUCCGCAAAUAAUACAAUUGACAUCAGUGCAAUUUCGAAGAACUUAAGAGAAAAAUCUGCGGAGAUGGAGAAUUUCAAGGAGGCCGGAAUAGAUUCAUACGAGUCAAAGCAUCAGCUAAGAUAUACAUAG